AUGUUUUGGUUACCGCUCUUCCUGGGCCUUUCGGGGCCGGCGCUCGCAAAGACCGUGAGUCUGGACUGGGAAAUUGGCUGGGUCACGGCAGCUCCGGACGGCUACACGCGUCCUGUCAUCGGCAUCAACGGCGAAUGGCCUCCGCCGGUGCUGGAGGCGGAUGUCGGCGACACCAUCACCGUCAACGUCAAGAACGCGCUGGGCAACGAGACGACGGGGAUCCACUGGCAUGGCAUGUGGAUGCGCGGGCAGAACGAACAGGACGGCGCAAACGGCGUCACGCAGUGCUCGAUUCCUCCGGGCGACAGCCUGACCUACUCGUUCACCGCUUACCCGGCCGGCACCUUCUGGUACCAUAGCCAUGAAAAGGGCCAGUACCCAGACGGGAUCCGCGCGCCCAUGAUCAUCCACGACACGGAAUCCAAUUCCACGGACGGAGGUUUCGACUGCGAGGAGGAACAUAUCCUAACCGUUUCGGACUGGUACCACGAGGAGAUGCCCAUUCUGGCUAGCCAGUACCUGGAUCCCUCCAACGUCGACGGCAUCAUGCCCAACCCAGACACGAGCCUGCUCAACGAUGGCCAGCCCGCCGAAUACAGCAUCAGGCCCGGGCAGCAGCUGCUCUUCCGCAUCAUCAACCUGUCGGCCCUCGCCAACUACUUUAUUGAGUUUGAGGGUCACGACAUGACCGUUGUGGAAGUCGACAGCGUUCCAGUGAACCCGCAAACACUGCAGACGCUGACCAUCACGCCGGGGCAGCGCUACAAUAUCGUGAUCACGGGGCUAGCCAACGCGUCGCGCAAUUACGCCUUCACAACCAAGAUGGACGUGCUAGGCUACGAGAACCACGGGAUCCUGCGCUACAGCGACGCCUGGGCGGACCCGGCGCCCCACAGCAUCGACACGUACAACCGCGGCGAAGAACAACAAUUCAUCCCCGCGGACGGCGAACCCCUCCUCGGCCCCGUCGCGCAGACCAUCACCCUCGACGUCAACAACGUCUACAUUGCCAACGUCGGCCACCGCAUCACCCUCGGCAGCGAGCCGUACAUCGGCCCGCCCGUGCCCUCGCUGUACACGGCGCUGACGACGGGCGCCGCGGCCGCCGAUCCCGCGCUCUAUGGCCAGGUCAACGCGUUCGUCCUCCAGGCCGGCGACGUCGUAGAGGUUAUCGUCAAUUCCCGCGAUGGCGACGGCGCCCAUGGCCACCCGAUGCAUCUGCAUGGCCAUGUCUUCCAGGUCCUGAUGACCGAGGACACGGCCUAUAAUGGCAGCAAGGCUUUCGCGACUGUCCCCAUGAAGCGCGAUACUGUCAAUACCGUCCCCGGAGGUAGCCUGGUCAUCCGCUUCCGCGCCGACAACCCGGGCGUCUGGCUCUUCCACUGCCACCUCGAAUGGCACCUCCUCGCCGGCAUGUCGGCGACGUUCAUCGAAGCCCCCGACAAGAUCCAGCAGACCAUCUCGGUCCCACAGGCGCAUCGCGAUCUCUGCAAACGGCAGAACAAGCCCACGGAGGGGAAUUGCGCCGGCUGUACAAGAAAUACGACGGAUACGGCGUGCUGUCGGGUUUAUGAGCGGGAUCCGAAGGGGUGAGUUGUGUGUGUGUGCUGUGUUGUGUUGUGUUUGUGGGAGGGGGGAGGGGAUGGUGGAGGGGUGGUUGUUGUUGUUGGCCAGGGAAAGGAGGGCUGUGCUGUGCUGAUUUACGUUGCAUUACACUGCACUGGAUGACGCUGACUCCAUGGUGUCGCGGUAGGGCGCUCGUCGACCCCAACAAGCCGGAUGCGCGGUGCUGGCGCGGGCCCUCAGGGAAGCCGGGCAAGGGCGGUAGUGGCAGUGAGGCA